AAGAAACCGUUUCUUUCCCCUUUUCCCUUUCUAACCCAAAAAGCAAAAGCCAUUUCCCUCCUCUCUUUCCCUUCCUUUUCCUUUCCUUUCCCUUGUCUUUUCCCUUACAUCCAUGGAAAACAAGGAUAGCUAUCUAGAAACAAGCAAAGCUGAAAGAUCAAUGUGGUUAAUGAAGUGCCCUGCAUUGGUUUCACGCUCUUUCAAGACCCCCCAGCCCUCUUCCAUUUCCACUUCUUCUUCUCCUCCUACACCUCAAGCUGUUGCCAAAGUUAUUCUUUCCAUUGACCCUCGCGUUUCCAAUGAUGAUAAUGACUCUUCUUCUCCUCAGUUUACCAUGGAAUUGGUUGGCACAGAAAUUCGAGAUGUACCCAAGCGUUAUUCCAUGGAAAUGUCAAAAGACCUUGUUCCAAUGUCUGUGUUUUCUGAGUCAUCCCAAGGAAAGCUUUCUGUUGAGGGAAAAAUACUAAACAAGUUUGACAUGAGACCUCAUGAUGAAAACAUUGAGAACUAUGGGAAACUCUGCCGUGAAAGGACUAAUAAAUAUAUGACCAAAUCCAGACAGAUACAGGUCAUCGAUAAUGAUAACGGUACUCACAUGAGGCCUAUGCCAGGGAUGAUGAUUGCUACUGUAUUCAAUGAAAAGAAGAAGACACCUACCAAGACAUCAGAGACGAAAAGAACAAGGAGGGAUCGUGGAGAGAUGGAAGAUAUUAUGUUUAAGCUCUUUGAAAGGCAACCGAAUUGGACUUUAAGACAACUGAUUCAAGAGACAGACCAACCUGAACAAUUCCUGAAAGAUAUACUUAAAGACCUCUGUGUCUACAACAACAAGGGAACUAAUCAAGGAUCAUAUGAGCUGAAGCCAGAAUACAAGAAAGCAAGCAACGAUACUAACCCUUAAGUAAACUUCCUAUGCCGAUCAGCUACUUUAGAAAGAGUAUCAUCAGCUGAUUUUUAUUUGCCUUUUGCUUGUCCCUAAACUACUUCCUUGAUCCCUUCAUUUCAAACAGAAUUGAGUAUUAUUCUCCAAUUCUUCAAUGCCAGUGAAGAGUCAAGAAAUAACCAAAGAACAUUUGAUUCUCCCUUUUAGUACAUGCUUCCCACAGAGCAAAGUAAAUGCUGCCAUUUUUUGUCAUUUCCCCAACUUGGCUCAAGCAUUUUAGAGUCCUAUUUGCAGUUUGGAAUUAUAUCUUUUCAUCAUGAGAUAGAGCAUUGAUUUGUUCUAUGCUUUUUGAUGUAAAUAUGUGAAAUUUUUUAACUCUGUUUUGUCUUUUUGAUGGAAUGCUAAACAUUUUUCAGAUGAUUGAGGAUAAGAUGUGUGGGUGAUUUUUUUU